UCUCAUCUGAUUCCUGAGUACUGGAGGCCAGAGCUUGGCACAAGCAGCCCUACCUCAUCCUGACCUGGGGGUUAAUCCUUUACCAGUUCAGCCAUCACACACAAAUAAAUGCUUUGUGAGCUCUGUGAAGGGUAAUAGCCAAGCCUCUGGGCUCCCUUCACCACUGGUAGGAACUGCUUCUCUCUGGCUGAAGCUCUGUUAAUGAUUGCCUGUCCUGCCUAGAGGGCUCCUACAAUACCAGGAAGACUUGAAGUGAUGCUGCUAACCUCUUUUUAAAUACUGCUCCAAACAGCCUGCAAGGAGAAUAUGCUGACACCCUUUUCCCAAUGAUUUUUUUUUCCUAACUCAGCUCCAGCCAGCUGUGCCCCAAGACUUGGUUUUUACCCCUCACAUCAGUGUGACAGGUACAACAUAACACAUGUAGUCUGAUGGGAACCAGAUUCAACAGCAGAAGUGCUCAGCAAAACAGCAUUUGGAGCCAUCCAAAUUCACAGAAUAUUCCAAGCUGGGAGGGAUUGGAUACUUAAAUCAGUUAAAGGAAGAUGACAGCCUUUGUAGACAAGCUCAGACCUCAGGAACUUUCUACCUCUUUCACAAUCUCUCCCCCUUCCUGCAGAAAGUUGGGAAGAAAUAUUUGGUACCACAGCUCAGUGCAGCAGGUAAGAAAGAAAUCAGUGCAUCCAGAAAGAAACAGCUGGUGGAUCACACAGCUGAAAUGAAACAGAGACACACACAUGGUAUCAACCUGAUCUGUUCUGAGCUGAUCAGGUUUAAACAUUUGGAACUGUGCCUUUUGAAGAGAAAGGGCUGGCAGGAAAACAAACAAGGCCUUACUGACAAACGUCUUUUGGGUGUAAUGUAGGAAAAGUUUUCUUUGAGAGAAAGCUAUUGGCUGGUGCAGGACAAAAGCAAUGGACAGCUGCUUCCCAGGCAUUACAACAUUGGGACCUUUAGCCUGACAUGAUCUAAACUUCCUACAGCUUAGGAGCAAAGCCAGAUUUUAGGUUUCUACCUGUGUGGGAUCACUGGUCUGGUCCCCUUUUCCACGUGGGCAUUCUGCUUUGAGCCAAGAUUGCCUGUGCCUUGAAGAUCCAGAGAGCAAAUCCAGAGAUGCUUUUGCUUUCAUCACAGCUUUCUCUUGCCCUUUCCCUGCUGUUCAGAGAUGAGACAGAUUCUGGGGAAGCUGCAGGAGGCCGAGCAGUGGAUGGAGAAGUCGGUGCUGAUUGGAUGUUCGGACGAGCACAGGCCGCACUUCGCACUGGAUUUAGGAGCCUUGGAUAAAUCAGUCAUUGAGGCAGAACUGCAGGGAUCAUUUACUAACCUACGGAAGGCUCUCUUUGUCGUGGACAGGAAGGAUUCUCCUUUGCUGGCUUCAGCCCAGUCCCUCCUGCGGUGGCACGAUUCCCACCAGUACUGCAGCAGAACUGGGCAGCCCACUGAGAAGAACCCAGCUGGCAGCAAACGUGUCUGCCAUGCCAGUGGAGUCACUUACUACCCUCAGGUGUCUCCAGUGGUCAUCACCCUGGUGUCUGAUGGGAGCCGCUGCCUCCUGGCCCGACAGCCCUCGUUUCCCCCGGGGAUGUUCACAGCUCUGUCAGGCUUCUGUGACAUGGGUGAGAACGUGGAGGAGGCAGUGCGGCGAGAAGUGGCCGAAGAGGUGGGGCUGGAGGUGCAGUCGCUCCGCUACUCGGCGUCCCAGCACUGGCCCUUCCCCAGCAGCUCCUUAAUGAUUGCCUGCCACGCCCUGGUGGGAGCGCAGCGGGCGGAGAUCAGUCUGGACACCCUGGAGCUGGAGGAAGCCCGUUGGUUUGGCCUGGAGGAAAUUGUGGAGGGUCUCAAGAGGGAGCCCAGCUCUUCCAAGCAAGAUGAUGGCAGUUUUUUACCCUGGUUCCCUCCCAAACAGGCCAUUGCUCACCAGCUGAUCCGUGAGUGGCUUCAGCAGCAAAGUGCCCAGACAGCUUAGGCAGGGCUUCAUCCACUCUGUGAUUCCACCAGAACUGUCAAAGCUCCACAGGAAAGAUUCCAAAGCUCCUGGAGGCAAGGGCUCUGUCACAGCGAGGGCAGCACUCAGACACACUGACCUACAAAGGUCUCUGAACUGGUCUGACAGGCCCAUGUACAGUGGAUCACCUCUGAGAUCCCAUGGUUUGAAGUAAAUGUACAAUAAAAUUCUUAAUUCCAAAGCAUCCAAGUUGUUGUGACCAGCUGUCACUGGCCCCAAGGCACCAAUGCCCCAUUUUCAUCCACUUUUUCUGUCUUGGGUGGACAUUGAAUGCACCCUUUUUCUCAGAACAAAAAUAAAGGGAGAGUGGCACUU